GAGAAAGGAGGACAACACCAAGCGACGAAACGAUGGAACUGAAUACGAUGCAUGACUCGGACGUGUCGUCCACGCUCCUUGAGCAAGAUCAUCAUGUGGAAGAUCUCUCGCUGGAAGAUGUGGGCGGUCUUGACCAUGACGACGUGACAAUGCCAACCUUGACGACGGUGGUCGCGUCCACAUCUCCGAAAUCUGGCAGUGACUUGUCAUGGUUGCGCCGCCUGGAGCGGGAAAUGGACACCAAGCUGCUCUUGGAUGCGGAAAAGAUUAACGAACGCAUUCAGCGUCGCAAAGCUCACGAAGAGGAGAUGCAGCAAUCACUCGCCACCUUUACCUCGUCCGGUCGGCUAUCGACGUCGUCUUCUGCGGCAGCUCCAAGCGUUCACUCAUCCACUAAAUCCAGUGCAUCGUCGAUCUCAAACAUCAAUAUGUCGACGGACUCUACAAAUGGCCCCCACCGGCGAGUCGCGCCGGCGACACAAACACAUCAACCACUGGACGAGUGGAAGGAAGCAUUCACGGAGGAUGGAAAGAAGUACUUCUACAAUCGCCGGACCCGAGAAACUUCGUGGACAUGCCCCGAGAACGCCAUUGUCGUCAAUCGGUCCGACGUUGCAGCACCCAAGUCUAUGUCCACCGACUUCGCCGUCGACACUUCCACCGUCGCCGGCGUGAAUCCCUCGCCGGCCACUUUGACGAUGCAACAGGCCAACAAGACCAUGUAUUGCAUGUUCUGUGGCAUGCAAUGCCGUGUGUGGGAGCUCAUGCCUCACAUGACCACAUGCGAUCUGCUUCGUACACACAAGGAACAGCGCACAGCCAUGUACGAGGAAGCCGUGGACAUUGCAAGUGAGUUGUUUGUCAAGCAAACUAGUGAUGCCGACACCCAGACGAGCGACCGGUACCUGCACUACGCAUCUGUGUACUCUGUGUACCACGGCGCCGACAACAAUGGCCACGACUCGAGCAUCGAGAAACCACAUGGAGACCCCCUGGUUUUGCUCAAGCAGCGUCGGCGUCAUACUCUCCAGCCGACGACGCGCGACAAGUCCGAUCGGGUUGAGGGUAGCGACGAUGUCAUGACGAUGCAUGUGGAUCUGAACACAAAGUUGAGCCUAUUGCGGCUCAAGCAGACGACGGACGCCGCCGCGCAGUCCCGUCGGCAAGAUGCGAUUGAGCAAUGCAGAUACUGCCACCGCAGCUUUGCCGAGGGUCGAUUGAAUAAACACGAGGCAGUGUGUCCGCGCGUAUUCGGCACGGAAACAACAUGGAACAACCACCACGCGUCCAAGAAAGAUGCGGUGAAGCAAAUGGCCAAGCCGUCCACUACAAAGCGACCCAAGGCGCCCCAUAGCACAGGCGGGCACUUGUCCAAAUCGAGCUUGGCUGGGUCAUUCCUCGAGUACCAAGCGACGUUGGUUACGUGUCCGUGCUGCCAGCGAAAGUUUGCACCGUCGGGGGCGCAGCAGCACAUUGAAAUCUGCCAAAACGUCGAGAACAAGCCCAAGAAGAUGGUGCCCAAGUCGUUUGCGAUCGCUGGAUAAACGCACACGUACGGAAUGUAUAUAGAGUAUUUAUCUUGGCUGCA